UUUAGCAUCGCCGCACUUUUUCAAUUUAUCUUAUCUCUUUCUUUUUUUAUUUUAGAUUUAGCAAGGAAGGUUUCUAUUCUAUCAUUCCAUUACAAGCUCGACGAAGGACGUAAGGGAGGGGACUCGGCCGAGUCGCAUAACAUUUGCUUUUCCCGCAAUGGAAACGCGACCUACGAAAUUACGUCAGCGUCAUUAGUGAGAGCUUUUCUACAGAGGCGGACAAUCCGUUUGUUUUGCAAAACGUCAGAGACGUCAUUUCGGGAGACGAUGGGACAGAUGCAUGCAUGCAUGCGCGCGCGCAAUGCGCGUGCGACGCACCAGGUGGUCGUCGGCGAUGACGAUACUUUUAGCACAGCCCUGGUGGGCGGCCGUGGGGUAGUUUAUCGACCAGGAUACGCGAAUCUCAAAAGGUUCAGUAGUCGCGGGACCACCACACCGUCGAAACGACAGUGACGCUAAGCGCGAGCUUUACCAACGCUUCACGGUUCUCCCAUUUUUCCCUCCCUCGUCUCCCUUUUCUCUCUCUUUCUCUCUCUGUCUCUGUCUCUGUCUCUCUUUCUCUUCUUUUCGUUCCUUCGACUCCGAAUCGGUUCAUCCGAUCAUUCUUUACCGCCUGCUCUCUCGAUUAUUAUUGCGCACGAUCGGGGUGAAGCACGGACAGCCGAGCAAGGCCAGGAGGCUCCAUAUUCUCACGCGUUUCGGUGCAGGACUCGGCUAACCAGGAUGAUCACGGCGUUGCCUGUACCUUCGGUGAAGGUCUUCCACAAGACCUACUACCAAGAGAAGAGCUCGAGAAUGGGCAACAGUCAACCGGGGAGCCCACUGGCGGAGAGCGAGGCGGUCCUGGCCAUGAUCGACAAGGAACCACCAGAGUACUACUUCUGCGGCAAGGUCAACUCGUUGUACGUCGUUGUCGGCUCGCUGUUGCUGGGAGCGGUGGUGCUGGUUGUCGGUCUGGUGCAGCUCGCGCCGGGGGCAGAAGCCGCUCAGAACUCGGCGGCCCUGAUCGCCGCCGGUAGCGGCUUGCUUGCGAUGGGGAUGUUCCUCGCGCCCUUACGAGCCGUGUGCAUCAGAAGACAGAGCGCGGCCCAGAAGGACGGCACGCAUCAGCGGAGCGUCACCAGCAUAGACAUGCUGCUGGCUCAGCACAGGCAGGGAUUUCACGGUCCUAACACCUGACGAGCUCGAGGAUCUUGUGGGUCGGUCAACGUCGAAUAACUUAGAGAACAAGCCCCACAAGCAGGGUCACAAUACCUAGGUGUCAUCCGCCUCGAGGAAGCUAUUGCCUUCCGCGUCGUCAUCAUCGUCGCCGCCGCCGUGCUCGAGCACCACUCCACCGUCGUCCGUCACAUCGCCAGGACCAAGUUCUUCCAUUCUUUACACGCAUCGCUACGAUUCGCGCGAGCAUAGUUUGGUUUAAAAGCCGAUGUGCACCGCGUCUCACUUUCGUAAAGCCAGAUUGAUCAUCGCGUGCAUUUUAUAAGCAGCUGCAGCUAAGAGAUGCAAGCGGAAUGGAUCUCGUCGAGUUUGAUCCAGCUCGAAAGCAAGCACGACGCCCCGGUGAUAAAAACAAUAACCGAAACAGCUAGGCUUCGUGAAAUAUGAUAAAAUCGUUGCUUUUCUUUUUUUUAAUUGUUUUUCUUCGUCGUAUUAAGAAAUUACCAAGUCUUUCGAGUCGAACGUUGGCAAAUUUGAAACGCGUUUGCGUGUCGUCUUUCUUGCUUAUUGGUCUUGUACGCGGUCGCGGUUUUGAAGAUGACAAUUGCAGUGCGUGACAGCGGAAUGCGCAUUUAAUCGCGUUAGGCUACUUGAUAGACGCCAGCGGCAUUCACACGAUACGAAUAUGAAAUAGUUUGCCACGGUAAUCGUUCGCAUGCUUGUUGUAUGCAGCAAAGUACGCUGUGUGGAAACAUUACUACGAUAUGAAAGACACGAGAAAAAACUUAGCAAGGCAAUCGUCGUAAGUGAAUCUCACGGUACGAGACAAGAAACAUAAUACAGUACAUGCGAGUAUAAUCUAUUUGUGUUCCAAAGAGGAGCCACGAUAUAAAGCUUGCAAAGACUACCCCACGAGCAACGGAAGAAAGGGGUAUAAAUGUAUGCGUAGACUAAACUUGGAAUGCUUCGCGUCUCGGAAUGACCGAAUUUAAGUUGCAAGGAAACCCGAGGACGAUCGCGCGAUGCAAAGACCUCCAAAUUAAUAGAGAAAAGUGAUUCCUUAAUGUAUGCGAGAUUGCUUCAUUCAUCCACUUUACAUAAUUAGAAAAAGGAAGUUUUGCAAUUUCGGUUUCCCGGAAAUCCAUAUUUCAAACAAUCAUCGUAUAACGGCGACUGUUUCUUGGCAUUCUUGCACCCUUAAAUUUUGAAAUUCUAGACGUCUAGAUUUUUUCUAAAAUGUUUAUGUAGACAGAAACGUUUCAUGCGAUCAUAGUCCUUUUGCUACACCAAUUAGAUUCUCUCGUUUAAGUGAUCCAUUAUUUUUCAUUGAGCUAAAUUAUGUAUUUAAGAUAGUUUUUAUAAAUAAGUAUGUAUAAAUCAGAGAGAGUAACUAAAACUGUCUUUGAGAGAUAUUUAUCCAUAUUUAUCCAUAUUUAGAUAUGUUCGCGUACGCGUUGUAUUUCACUUUGAGUAUGUUCAAGCUCUUCUCUUCUAAACUUGUAUUAAUUAUGCGUGUUUGAUUCUUAGAUUCAAAAUUAUUGUAAAUGUUUACGUGAUGUUACACUCUGUUCGCGUUUCGAUAUCGUUAAAAUUUUAUUAACGACGCAAUCGCAGAUUUCUAAGAGAUAUUUGAAUAAUUAAAGUAAUAAUUAAUAACGCGUUUUUACUAUAAAAAAUUUAAUAAAUGUUACUUUCUCUCAAAGACUAAAUUGUGUUCAACUCAUGAGUGAGUGAGCCUGAUAUCAAGUCACUUCGUCGUAAAUCUCUAUUUCAAGUUACGUAGACAAGGAAUGUGUAAUUCGCGCGUUAACGCAUCUACAUGUACAAUAAGAUUCGAAACCUUUUCCCGAGAUUCGUUCGGGAUUUGUUCCCUGUUGUGGGCGAUAAGGAGAAUUUGAAAGGUUUACGCGUAGAAAGGACCUCGUUAUCAAUUUUGCAAAUGUCUCUUCAUUAAAUUUUCAGACACGCCCUCAUCGUAUAAUAGCGAGAUACGUUUUAGCAGCGAGACAUUUCACGGAGGUAUGCGGAGUGUAUAGCCCUAGUAUAUAGGCUGUACAUACUGUCGGAGAUUGUUGGAAGGAGAGUUAAGACACGGAAUACACUAGGUCGAACGAGUGAACGACGAACCUCACGCGCAAAACAUACCGAGAUCAAUACAAUAUGCUUAUAUAGAUUGUGGCGUGCAAAAAGCGGGAAUCAGCGAAAAGCGAAGGUGUCUACCUGACCUGAGCCUAAAAAUUCUUAAGAGGAAUUUAAGUGCCAGGCACAAUUAGCUCUCACCUUCGAAACUUGUAUCGCGCUCGUCCGUUUGAGCAAGGCCUCGAUUUAUAUCCGUGUUGAAACAAGGGUGAGAGACUGGGAACGACUGAAAACAGUUUGUUGAUUUCCGCCUUUUCAGGACCAGAGUUUGUAUACAAAAUCAUAAAUAAGUGCUUAGAAUAGAUGAUAUAUCAGAUGUCGAAUCGACAUUCUCGUUUCUAAAAUAAGAAAUUGAAAUUUUAUAUUUAUUCGCCGCGAGGUAUCGACCUUUCUCUUUACGAUCCAUUGUCUAGUUUAAGGAUUUAGUUCUCUAAGGACGAGAAUUAUCUUAUUUCGCAGUUGGGAGAAACGCGAUCUAAGCAAAGCAGAACGUGGAAUCGCGAUUAGAUUCACGUGAAAAAUAACCGUCUAACAUAAAAACGUAAAUCAAAAUAUUGAGACGCUAAUAAUGAGUAAUUUAGAUCAGUUGGUUUGUCCAUCACGUACGCUAAGAAGAGCAAUCCAACAGGUUUAUUUUUUAUCGCUAAAUUAUCUGCGACAUAUCAUCUAACGCUGUUACACACAAUAUGCAGACUUUUGGCAUUUGUAUUUGUUGCUUCAUCUAAUGUAAUCUCGGAUUCGUUAUCUAAUAGAAAAUCGGCAAAUUGCACUCAAAACGUCACAUCGAUACAUUUUUUAAAAUUGACUAUUGACGAAAUUACUGCAACUCUUUAAGUUAAGCUAGAGCUUCUCACAUAAUAGAUCGCGUAAAGACGCUUAUUUCUAGUGAACAAGCUUCGAAGGAGAAACAUAUCUAUCGAGUUGGCUACGAGUAGAGAUAUAUUUUUAUCGUCGUUAGCGAGUACGGAAUGAGGAUGAGAAUGAGAAGUAGCAAUUAAGGAAGACAAGAACUGUCCACAUUUUCCAUAUUGAUAGGCUUGCAUUUGUUAUAAGAUUCCUAUUGAACGUUUGCCUUUCAAUUUCAAAGGAAUAGUCCUUGAGCGAAUGAUAAACUUUAUUUAUAAAGACGGAAGAUUAUGAGGAGGAUGAGGAGAAUGAAAGCGUGACUAAUAUUUUAAAAGUAUUCUUAAAUUCGCUACAUAUAUAUAUAUAUAUAUUUCAAUUACGCGUGUAAGAGAAGAUCGCGCGGUCCUUAAACACGGUAAACGGGUAACGAAAGGGUGAUCGGCACAUUUUCGCCAGGGUAUCAUUUGUUGCGGUAGGAUUUAACGCGACUUUAAGGCGAGCGCAACAAGGAAAUGAUUACAGACAGUAAUGUUGCACAAUAAUCGUACCAUCAUUUAUCAACAUAUUAAAUACUAUUGGCAUAAUAAACCAUGAUAUAAUAUAUUAAAAUUAAAAUAAAUAAUAUUAAAAAAUGCGUUUUUAUCAGAGAAGGAAUUGAGAAUUAUUUUAUAGAGCAUUGCACGACAAUUCCUCGUUGCGCGAGAAAAUCGAUCGUAAUUUUAAGAGAUUCAACGCACAGAAUUAGUUGUAAGCAUUUUUAUAAUGGUGUUCUAUGUAUAUUAUUAGUACUACUACUACUACUACUACUACUACUACUAUUAUUACUAAUUAUUACUAACAUUACUAUUACUACUAUUAUUACUAUCCAUCAGAGAUAGUCUGAUUUAUUUGUGAUCCGACCGGCGUGAAUCAGUCGGCAAAAGUGUUCUUCGUAUCAUGUUGGAAUCAUCAUCGUAGGACUGGAUAGUAAUAUAUGCCUAGCCUUGUACAUACGAAAAUUUGUAAUGUGAAAAAUGGGAAAAACGAUGAUCGAUGAUAAAACCGAUGUCGCGACGAGACUUGGCGAUUUGCGAUUUUUAAUUAUCAUAAAACAGAUUGUAUCCCGACGUAAUUGUAAGAUGCAUAUCGAUAUAAGACUCUCCGCACGGAAAUAUACGUCAGCUGUGAUUGCAGCAUUUUUGUAGAUUUAUAACAUUUUAUAAAUAUAUCAUCGCGUUACAUUAUUCAUUCUAAUAUAUUAAGUUUUGAUAUAAAUGUAACUAAAAAUUUUUUAGGAUUUGUGUAAAAUCGUUUUUUUUUUAAUUUAAUUAAGCAAACUCUUAAUAAGCCCUUAGCUUACAAUGAUAUUCACAAGAUUGUUUGUGCAUACAUAUAUGAUACAUCUAAAAUGCUGCAAUUGCAACACUACUUUACGUCUGCACGGAAGGAGAGCCCUUAUAGCCGCGAUGCGUAUAUGAACUACGUUACUUAAUAUCGCGUCGUAAUAAUACACGUAAUAUCGAGAAAGUUUUACCAAUAAGCUUAAAAAGAUCAUAUAUAGCGUAAAACAAGAAAAGGGAAUGCAGAGCGUUCGCGAUGACGCGGCCAUCAUUGUUGAGGCUGAUCAUCCUGGCAAAGAAAAAAUUAUGGCACAUGCACAUUAUAACAUUUUUAUCCCAUAUUAAUUACUGCGUACCGCACAGUUUCAUCACGCGAAAUUUUCCAUUCGAAUAAUAAUAUACUGUAUAUGCAGUGUAUAUACGUCGUGCUCACAAUGACGGGGAUUUCGAGGGGAUUGGAUAGAAGAAACGCUCGCGCCAGGUCCCUUCUCUAUCACUGCCAAAGAAUAAUCAUUAAUGCGGGGCAUGUAAAGAAAAAAAAGGCAGCUUUUCGGACACGGCUGGAUAAUUGCGAACCUCAACAAUAUGUUCCGCCAUUGUGAACAUAUCAGAGACAUUCCGCAUAACGCAGCGCUAUUACAUACUUACAUAAAUAUAUAAAAUAUAUUACAGAUAUUUUAUCGGGAACAUUCUGACUUGUGCUUAAAAGUUGUGUUAAUCCAUAUAUUUUGUAAGCAAAGAUUAUGAAAUAGUAAUUAAUAAUAAAUAUUACUACACUAC